UGAAGCUUUUCGUUGAUACAGAUAGUCCAAUAUAUUUAGGCGAGGGGAAUCCCGCCAUACAAAAAAAAAAAACAUCUGAAAGGUGUAAGUCUAUAGAUCUGCCUAUGUCGUAAUACGCGCAGUCUGAAUAAUAUUUGAAAUUAGGUUCCAAGUAUGUUUGGUGGUAACCAAAAACCUCCAGCAGGUGGGUUUACCUUUGCUACUACCAGCACACCUACCACACAAGCUUCUUCCACUGGGGGAUUCAAAUUUGGAGCACCUACAGCAGCAUCUACACCUGCAGUUGGAGGCUUCAAUUUUGGCAAUCAGACUAGUGUUGCCACCACUCCAGCAGCUGGAUUUAACUUUGGGACAGCUACUCCAGCUACAACAGCUGCCGCAUCCACUGCAGCCCCAGCCGGCCUUGGAACAGGAUUCAAUUUCAACACUCCAGCUGCUGCCACAUCAGCCACAGGAAUUACCCAGCCAGCUGCUGCUGCCACACCGUUUAACUUUGCCAACACGAUAAGCUCCACAACCUCUGCAGCUACAACAGGUGCACCUGGACUUCUUAGUACACCAGCAACAACUGGCCUGACCCUUGGUGGCAGCACUGCUGCACCUGGUCUGACCCUUGGUGGCAGCACUGCUGCAUCUACAGGUCUUACACUAGGUGGCAGCACUGCUGCAUCUACAGGUCUUACACUAGGUGGCAGCACUGCUGCUCCUGGUCUGACACUUGGUGGCAGCACCCCUGCUUCAACUGGUCUGACACUUGGUGGCAGCACUGCUGCUCCUGGUCUGACACUUGGUGGCAGCACUGCUGCUCCUGGACUGACACUUGGUGGCAGCACUGCUGCUCCUGGUCUUACACUUGGUGGCAGCACUGCUGCUCCUGGUCUUACACUUGGUGGCAGCACUGCUGCUCCUGGAUUGACACUUGGUGGCAGCACUGCUGCAUCUUCAGGUCUGACUUUGGGGAGUGGUACCCCUGCUUCUACAGGCCUGACACUUGGUGUUAGUACUGCAGCAAACACAGGACUGAAAUUGCCAUCAACAUCUGCUACAACUUCAGCAGCUAUUGGAUUAACACUCCAGGGAUCUCUGGUUCCCAAGACUACAGCCCAAGGCUUCACAGCCCCGACAGCAGCCAUUGCUACUGCAGCCCCUCAGAAACAGAUCACCUACCAGCAACUGGAGGACAACAUCAACAAAUGGAUGUCUGAACUGGACAAACAGGAAAAAGACUUCCUGGAACAAGCCACACAGGUCAACGGCUGGGACAGACUACUUAUAGACAAUGGAGAGAAGAUUUCUGCCCUGAACAGUGAUAUGGAGAGAGUGAAGAUUGACCAACAAAAACUUGACCAUGAGCUUGACUUCAUAAAGUCCCAGCAGCAAGAAUUGUCCGACCUUUUGACCCCACUGGAGAAGUCUGUAGAACAGCAGCCAAACAUAAAUUUCCAGCAGCACGCUGAUCUGGAACGAGAACACACGUAUCAGUUAGCAGAGAAUGUUGAUGCCCAGCUGAAGCGCAUGGUCCAGGACUUAAAAGAGAUUAUAGAUCACCUGAAUAUGACCAACUCUAACCAGGACAAUUCAGACCCAACACAGCAGGUCACAAAGAUUUUAAACUCCCACAUGGAUUCCUUACAAUGGAUCGAUCAAAACACAGCUUUUUUGGGAAGAAAAGUGGAUGACAUUUCUAAACAAAUGGAGAUGCAACGGAAGGAACAGGAACGCAAUUUUAGAUUGGUUUACAACUGAACAACAUCAGUAUCACAAAAAGAAAAAAAUCACCUACACAGUGUAUCAUGGAUAUUGGACAAUCAGACAUAACACUGAUGGAGUUAUCUGUUCUGAGGAUGAAGUUUUGUGACUUCACACAUUUAAUCUAAUAUUAAACUAAAGUUGAUAUUUGAAGUGUAA